CCGACCUUUUCAGGACAGCAAAAGAAUUGCGAGGGAAGACGUAAGCAUAGGAUCCCUAUAUGCUUCGGUCUCUCCAAUUUAAAAAAAAUGCCAUCGAUGCUGCCAUGCAGAUAUAUAAAACUCUCCUCACCAACACGAAGAAACAAGAACAGCAACUUCCCAUCACAAUGUUUCUCAAGACCACGAAGAAGGCCUUCCACGAAGAUACGACACCUACUAAAACACCCGAAGAGCUUUAAAUCUUCUUUGGAAAGAGAUGUACGAUGGAGCUGUGAAGUUCGCAAAGGCUUUGAUGAAACUAGGCAUUGAAAAAGGACACAAGAUUGCAUUUUGUGUUCCUAACUGUGUAGAAUGGAUGAGCUACGAUAUUGGAAUCAUGAUGACGGGAGCAUAUUCUAUGCGAUUAAUGUUUGGAUUAGCAGAUAUGAAAUCUAUUAUAAAAGGAUGUAGUGCUGUUGUAUUUGGAUCCAAAUCUAUUUGGGACAGUUUCUUAUCCAUUGCACAAAUAAGCGAUAAUGGAAAAGUAUCUAGCGAAGCGUGUCCCGAUUUGAGAUUUGCCAUUGAUGUAUCCAAUACACAUGGGCCAGCCAAUGCUUUAUCUGCUGCUAAAUUGAUGGCAGAAGUAAGCGACGAUGACGAGGUUGAGUUUCCUUACAUUGACCCGGAAGAUAUUGCUUCCAUCAAUCAGACUUCAGGAAGCACUGGUGUGCCUAAAUGUAUUUGUCACAGCCAUUUUAAUUACUUAAACUUGCCAGAUUCAGAUUUUAAGGAGACUUCUUAUUUUACUUCAUUUAAUAGUCGUCCAAUGGGAUAUAUUGGAGGAUAUCCUUUGUCUGUGCUAACCAGAGGAUCAGUGCAUGUCGGUGGAGACGUAGAAAUGUUGAAUGAUCCGAAGAACCUCGAUUUUGUUAUAAAGAUAUGGCAGAGUGAAGAAUGCAACUUAGUUGGUAUUUCGCCACAGGAUUUGAAACGACUUAGCGAUCGCGAAUUCCGAGUUAAUAUGGUAAUAUCAGGUGGAGAUGUGAUUACCCGAGAUGAAAUAGAACAUACGUUUAAAAUUGCAGAUAGUUUCUUAGUUGCUUAUGGAAGUACUGAAGCUUUCCUCAUAUCUCUUCGAAUUUUUACCCCAGAAAAUAUUUCAGAACAUCGACAAGGAAUGCUCGGGCGACCACCUGCAGGAACAGAAAUCAAAAUUGUUGACGAGGAGAAGAGAGUUGUGGAUAUUGGAAAGACAGGCUAUUUGUAUUUUCGAAGUAAAUGGGUAACAAAAACGCAUCUGGAUGGUACUUCAUGCUUAGAAAAUGGUUGGUAUCCAACAUCAGAUAUUUGUUACUUAACUGAAGAUGGUGACCUCAUAAUGGUUGGAAGAAGCACAGAUUUUAUUAAGAAGUGUACAGUAAAGCUAUCUAUUAAACAUAUUGAAGAUUACAUCGGACGUCAUCCGAGUGUAGAUGCUGUGGUUGUUGUGCCAAUCCCUGACCAGGCGGUAGGAGAACGUGUAUGCGCGUGCGUUACCGUUCGGCCAAAUCACGAGUUCAAUGAAGAAGAAUUGAAAAAGUUUUGUACGGAUUCAAUGCCGGAUCCAGAUAACUUUGAUUGUGUAUCUAUGCAUCCUGAUUACAUUUUAUAUUUUCUCUCAUUUCCACUUUUGGCUAGUGGCAAAAUUGACAAAAAGGCUAUAGCAAGUUUGGCCCUUAAGAAAAUAAAAAAAAUGUAGUAAUAAUUAAAUUAAAUUACCAAGAUUAAUAAACGUGUAUUUUGGUUA